AUUCUUCAUUAUUGCUCCCUUUCACUUCCUUUGGCACGGCGGCUGCCUUCGCCCAUAACCUGUUCGUUGAAAUUCCCAACUGCAAAGACAACGUUUAGCCCAGAACACAACACCGCCGAUGGCGAAGAGAAAGAAAUCGACGAACCCGUCACAAGCCACUGCGCCUUCCGGAAGGUCGCAGGACAAGGGUCCACCUCGUAGUUCCAAGGCGAUGCUGAAACUCGACCACCUUCAAAGGCUUGCGCUAUGGGCUGGAGGGGAAGCUUCAAUCCCUUCUCUCGGCGCUUUCUUUGGUCGCCAAUUCGCCACCGCUGCAGAAGCUCUCGGCGUCCCACCUGACCCUUCUCUGUUUUCAUGCCAAAGAUGCGAGACAGUUCUGCAACCUGGUUUCAACUGCACAAUCCGGAUCGAGAAGAAUCGACGAAAGGCAGCAAAGUGUCGAGGCAAGAACAAAACGAACCACAUUCCACCACAGAACUAUGUCAUCUAUACAUGCCAUUUCUGUUCUUUCAGGAACCAAAAGCGAGGGACUUCAAAGGGCCAUGUGAAAUCAAUAUGCCCACCAAAGCCCAAGCCUAAUCCUCGUUCGACCAAAUCAGAUGCUUCCGCCAUCAACCCGAUCACCCCUGUUAAGGAAGCCACCACAAGCAGGAAGAAGGUUGGUGAAGCAAUGAAAGUUGAUGACAUACUGCCUGCAAUACCGGAGGACAUUCCCGUGGCAGCAGGCAGCCCACGAACUCCAUUAGACACAACUGCUGGUCCGAUACCAUUGUUGGAGGCUUUGAAGAAGAAAAGGAACAGAUCAAAAACUAAAAAGAAACCAGAAGAAUCUGAAAGUGGUUCUGCUGCUGCUGCGGCAUCAACAGAUCCUGAGACGAGUGCUGGUGGUUCGAGGAAGAGGAGGAGGAAAUCUUGGACAAGCUGGAAGGAGAUCAUUGGGAAUAAUGAGUAACCAGAGUGGUUCAAGGCAAAAACUUGGCAGGUUGAGACUCCUCUCGUCCUCUUCUAAUUUUUUAUUUUAUUAAUGUGGACUCCCAUCAUCUUUCUAGAUGGAGAUUUGGGUACUAAAAUUCUUACGCUCAUGUAUGAAGCAUUUGUUGCAGGAACAACACCUAUUUUUUAUUGGAGUAAGUCAAGAUAGCUCAAUUUUGGAUGAAUCUUUGCACUUCGUUUCUGGCCCAGGGGUUUCAUUAGUAGAGUAGGGCUCAGGGAUUCCAUUGACUGAAUAAACCAUGGCAAAGGGUUCUGGAAAAGCUAUAUAAUCCAUCGAAUGUGAUGAGGAUUCAAGAUUUCGUGUUGUCAUCCCAUGUUAUGCUUGGCUUGCCACAAUAACGAACAAUAUAUGCACCUCUAAUUUGUACAAGCAAGUAAAAGCUUACUGAGACCAUCAAAUUGAGUGCUUGAGGAAUCCUUACUCCCUGAUUGGGAAACCCUUACUCCCGAUUGAAUUGUCAUCCAUGAUCCAUGCCUGAACUCAUUCAGUCAUUUGAGUGCAUCACUGACAAGAUUGUUGCUUGUACUUACAUUAAAUGCAAUCUCAACAU